UUUCCAACAGCGGCGGCAACAGUGGCACCCUUUCCCUCGUCCUCUCUUCUCUGUCUCCUACACUCCCUCACCGACCCCACAUCGUGAAACCCAAACUCAAUAGCUAAGUCGAACUCUAACACUAGUUUCUAGCCUCACCCACAACAACUUGCUCGCUAAUUUGGCUCCAAACAAAGCUCAAGCUAUGAGGGAAAUCGUCACCCUCCAAGUUGGAGGCUUCGCUAACUUCGUGGGUUCUCAUUUCUGGAACUUCCAGAAUGAGCUGCUUGAGUUGGCAGAAGACCCUGAAGCAGACGCGGUGUUCAAGAACCAGGCUUUGAACAUGGACGUUUUCUACCGCUAUGGUGAAACUCACCAGGGUGUUCCUACUUACACUCCUCGGCUGCUCUCUAUUGACCUUCAAGGUUCUCUUGGGUCUAUGAGUUCAUCUGGAACUUUGUACAAUGGGGGUUCAUCUGUACCAUCAAGUAUUAUGACAUGGGAUGGUAAUGUUACUACUCAAGCCUCUGAACCCCGCCGGAGAAAUUUGUUCUUGCAAAGUUUGUACCAGGAAGAGCAGGAGAAUUUUACUGUUGAAAAUGGAGUUAGUAGUGGGGAGAACAGUUCUCGAAAGGAAGUUUCUGACAGGGACAUUGUGGAACAGUUAGAAAAUGAUGUUCAAUACUGGACUGACUAUUCAAAGGCCCACUAUCAUCCCCAGAGUUUGUAUGAAUUAAGUGGAUCAUGGAUAGAUGCUCACAAGUUUGACAAUUAUGGGAUUGGAAGGGAUUCCUUUUCUGGGGGUUUACAUGGAGAAGAAAUGAGUGAUAGACUUCGUUUUUUCGUAGAAGAGUGUGACCAUAUCCAGGGCUUCCAGUUCAUUGUUGAUGACUCGGGAGGUUUCUCUCCGAUAGCAGUUGAUUUUCUGGAGGGUAUUGCAGAUGAAUACACAAAUGUUCCUGUGUUGCUCUAUGCUGUACGGGGUCCUGGCUCUGCAAUAGAUUCCACGAGCCAAAAGCAUAGAGUCAGCAGGAAGCUUCAUGAUGCGGUUUCAUUUUCAAAGCUGUCAUCUUUAUGUAAACUGAUUGUUCCAGUUGGGUUACCAUCACUGAGUAGAAGCAAAGCAUCAAAGCUUCUCUGCAUUAAAGAUGAACAGCAUUAUCAUUGCAGUGCAGUGUAUGCUGCUACCCUGCAUUCUGUUAGCAUGCCUUUCCGUAUGGAACCGCUUGGGCCCAAUGCAAACUCAACUUAUUCUUCUGGUGCUUUGACUGUGAAUGAGGUUGUGCAAAUCCUAUCAGGGCAAGCUAGACAGAAUAUGGUUGCUAUUCUCGACACUGCAAUGCCAGCACCUUCUUUAAGUGGAAGCCAGGUGGAACAAACUUUACUUCGCAACUUGCAGCCACUGACACCAGAGGUUUCAGAGCAUGUUAAAGACUUACAAUCUGUUGAAUCCAUGACUGUUCUCGGCGCCCUUGGAACCGGAAGUCAGCGGGCAUCAAUUAAUGAAGUAAGGGGUAUGGUACAUGCUGCUUAUGAGCAUGUAAUAACAAGGCCAAUAUUUAGCCAUCUUUCAGUGGCUCAAUGUCCUCUGCCAAUACCUUUGCCCUUUCCCUCAAUCUUUGGGAACCAUGUUGGCCAACAUGGUGAGCUUCUGGGCACCCCAGUUAUUGGUUCCUCAUCAAGGGGAUCACUUGAUGUCCAUUCCAUCCCUAUGGCAGCUAGACUGCAGUCUAGCAGUGCCAUCUUACCAUUUUUGGAGAAUAGAUUGACAGAUCUUCGCAAGAUUGGAAUUUCCAGAGGAGGACCUGGGGCAGAGUUACUUAGGAGUUGGGGCUUCGCAAAGGAUGAAUCAGAUGACAUGGGUGAGACACUGUCUAAAAUAAUAAUGGAAUUGAAUCCUCGCUUUCAAACUUCCUCGGAUUCAGAUUAAUUUCUGGUUAGUGUAAAUGUUCCUUUCUCUUGUCAUUUAUUUUUCUUUUUAUGUAAAUGACAGGUGUUUCGUAAUUUCUGUUUUUAAAAUCAGUUUACUUGAUGGAAGCAAAAAUUACACACUUGCAACUUGAUGACUGAUUAAUAACAACU